AUGUCUGGAAAAGUAACUAAUGAAGACAUUUUAGUGGCAAUCCAAAAGUUAACUUCAAAACAAGACAAUUUUCAAGAAGAUCUUUCAUCUAUUAAAGAAUGUAUAAUUAAACAAAAAGCUGAAAACGAAAAUCUGCAAACUAAAAUUGUAAACCUUGAAACCGAAAAUAGUGAAUUAAAACAGAAACUUAAUAUCCUUGAAAGAAAUCAAAAGAAAAACGGUUUCUUAAUUUUUGGCCUCGCUCAUAGCAAAGAUGAUAAUCUUUUAGAACUUGUGGUUAACUUUAUUAAGGAAAAGUUAGAUUCAGAAUUUAGCAAAACAGAUAUAAAUUAUUUAUUUUCAUUGAAAAACAAAAAGGAUAAAACUGCACCAAUAAUUGUCCAUUUAACUUCACUAAUAAAAAAACAAGAUAUAUUUAAAAACGUAUUUAAACUGAAAAAUACUGGAGUUGCUUUAGCCCACGACCUAAAUAAAGAAGAACGAGAUAAUCGUAAAAUUCUGCUGGGUAAAUUUAAAGAAGCGAAGAAAAAUAAUCUAGAAACAAAAUUGUUGGGACAAAAAUUAAUAAUAGAAGGAAUAGUUUAUACUGCCAAAGAAUUAGAAAAUAAAAAUCUAGAAGAGUUACUAGUAGAAAGUGCCGACAUAGUAUCUUCAGACGAGGAAGAGGAAGAUAAUCGUUAUAAAAAGACUCCAGAAAAAGAAAAUAAUAUACAAAUAUUAAAUAUUAAAGAAGCCACGACAUCUAAGGAAAAGCAGGGUCAACAAGAUAUUGGAGUUAAUAAGGGAAAACAGAUAGAAACAAAUAACAUCAAAACCAGGAGUAAUCAAAGAAACAAAAAGUAG